GCAGCGUCAAAGUUCAGAGGUCGGGGAAAGGUCGUGUUUUCGGUUUUAUUCUCCAACGCGAGCGAUGGCCUCCAUGAGUUGGUUAACGUGCGGGCGGUUUUCUCGGCUCGCGCGGCGGCCGUUGCUGCUGCGGUACGUGUGGGCUCCCGCGCGAGCGCUUCACCGGGGGAGCGCGCGGCGCGCGGCGGACAAAACGCCGCCGAACAGAUCGCGAUCAUUACCGGAGCCGCAGUACUACACUGAACUAGACAGAGCUGAUGCGCUGAUGCUGAGAAAGUCACAUGAAACAGGAUUUUUGUCCUGGUUCCGGAAUGGUCUCCUGGCAACGGGAAUCGGCGUUAUAGCGUUUGCUCAGAGUGAAGUGGGCCGAGAGGCCGGAUACGUGUUCUUCAUCCUGGGCGGAGUGUGCGUGUCGUUCGGCGGAGCGUCUUACGUGACCAGUCUUCUGACCCAGAGGAGGAUCAUGCUCCUCUCCCGGCUGACCGUGCUGCUCCACGCGGGCCUGGUCUCCGUCGCCGCCCUCUUCUGGCUGUGCGCGGUAUCGCUCUACAUCGGCCGCCUGGAGUUGGAGAUCAUACACGAGGAGGAUGAGGAAGAGCACGGGGGUGAUGAAGGCGGGGAGUGCGCUGAAUGCAGGGCGAGACGCGAGAGACGCAACGCCGAGGAUAAAGGCCAAGACAAGUGAGACGAGAGGAAGACUCUGACUUCUAAUGGCCUUCUACACUGACCCACAGCCGGACUUCUAUAUUCACAAGCUGUUUAAACUGCUUUAGGAGGACAGGUGAAACCGGUUUGUGGAGCUGGGGAUUUGAUCGACGUAAUCGUGCAGUACUCUAGUGCUUGAUUUUUUUCGGGUUGAGUGAGUUUUUGUGUGUUUGUGAUAUUCCUGAACACCAUCGGCUGACCCACUGCGUACAAAUGGUCAGUGACGUAAAUGCAUAUUUUUCCUUUGCAGUGUGUUUGUUGGACGUGGGGUGUGUGUGCUGACACGUGAAAGUUCAUUUCACCAGCUCUUAUCAGGCGAGGAGCUGGGCGUCUUGCUUGUUCAGCUGUUAUAAAUGGACAUGUUCGCUGAUGUUAUAUAGUGACAUGUUUCAGAAAUAACUUUUUUUUUUUUUUUUUAAUCACUU